CGCGAACUACGCAGGAGUCAUUUGUCCCUCGUCACUUCCCGUCGUAUGGUAUGACGACAGCGCAGUUACGUGCGAGUUGACAGGUUAUAAACAAAACACAGAAGAAGACGGACCACAAUGUCAAGCGGAGUGCUGUGUGGUCGAGGCAGGUUGGUCUUAUCUCAGACAGCCGGCCGCCAAGCAUUAGCUGCCCUCAGAGUUGGCAGAACCAGAACCUUCUCUGCUGCAAGCUCAGAUGAACCUUACAUAACUGUAUCACCCACAGACUCAGGCCCCAGGACUGUGUGGCCUGAUGAGAACAUGGGACCAUUCGGACCUCAGGACCAGCGCUUCCAGUUACCAGGUAAUGUUGGAUUUGACUGUCACCUGGAGGGCAUGGCAGACCAAAAGAAGGCUCCAGUCCACAGGACGGUCCCUGACGUACUGACGGCCCCAGGCAGCACAGAGAGACACCAGUUUAUACUGGCCCAGUUUGUCAGUGAAUUCCAGGGAAAACUGGGUCCUAUAUCCAUGAGAGUCCACAAAGCCGAGCAGUACUUUAAUCAGACAGACACAGACUGCUCGAUAAAUUCCUGCCCUGAGCUGUUAAGAAAAGAUCUGGAGCUGCUCUUCCCCUCAGCACCCAACACCUCCAUCACAGUUGUAACGGUCACACAGAGGAGCAGUCAGCGUGAGGAGACAGCAGAGCAGGUCGGAGAUCAGCUGAUGCACAGAUUUGUGAGUGGUGCUAAGGAGAUGUGCUUUGCUCUGUGGACAGCAGGAUACUGGGCAGACUUCAUCGACCCAACAACAGGAGCAGCUUUCUUUGCAGUCUCCAACAAGUCAAACCAACUGCAAACAGAGGAGGAGCUGAGACAUUUGGGCUUUCACAUUGAGGUAUCGGGCUCCUGCACAGUUAUCCGCCACAUCCUGAGAGGAACACCUUUGUUUGUGGGGACCGUUUUCACUAAUGCACCUACUCAGAGUGUGGCUAUCGCUAGACUACGAGGACUUUCAAAUGUACUUGAUGAUGAGGAAUAGGCUUUUAAAAUAUUUUAUAUGGAACUAAAGCCAAACAAAAGGCCUCUAUUUAUGGUUUGAAGAAGCUUGGAAGCUAAUGUUCAUUGUGGUAUAUGGUACAUGGUUUGUAACAGCGGAAGGUUGUACAGCGUUUGUCUCACUGUAACACACAGCAGCUAGACAGAUGUCAGUAUUACUAAGGACUUGACUAAAGCAGACCUCAGUGCUGUCCCUGACUGACAGGUCAGCUUAUCCUGCACUACAUCCAGAGAGGAACACACUCAGUGCAGUGGGAAUUUUCAUAAUGUGAUAUUUGCCAUGUAAGGAGUUUGUGGGAAAGGCUUUAGAGGAUGGCACCAUCGUGUUUUAGGAUAAACAUGAAUAUGAAUGGAAACCUUUGAGAUGAACUCAGGCAGCUGAUCCAGAUCCAGAUUCAGACACUUAGAUUUGUUCAGGUCAAUACUUUUGUACUUGUUCUUUUUCUCCUUGAACUGGUGCACAGACUCUACAGAAAUACAGAUACUGUUUGAGUUGCACUACAGUUGUGUCACAACUGCUGAAUGAAUAAAUUGACUUCUCAUCAUAACAUUA